AUGGCGUCCCUCGAGCAAAUCUCGACCUCGUUGCCCCUCGUUGGUGCCAAGAAGGGAAUUCAACAGCACCCACUUGGCCCGUUGACUGCCAGUGAAAUCACCGAGAGCGCACGCCUAAUCAGAGCGUUAUGGCCCGCAAAUACUAAUAUUCAGUUCAAGGUUAUCACACUUCAAGAACCAAACAAAGCCGAUCUCGUUCCAUUUUUGGCCGCCGAACACAAUGGACAGCCAACUCCGAUAAUUGAGCGGCGAAGUUUUGUAGUGUACUACCUUCGAAACACUGAUAAACUUCACGAAGCAAUUGUGAACCUGAGCAACGGAAAAGUGGAGACCAAUGUUCGGCUUGGUCCAAAUGUUCACAGCAAUAUAGACGGAGAGGAGAUACUCACGAUAGAGAAGAUAGCAUUGGCAGACGAAGGUGUAAAAGCCGAGAUUGCUAAGCUUCAACUCCCAGAGGGGGCCGUGGUCAUCAGCGACCCGUGGAUUUAUGGAUCUGAUGGGAUCAAUGACGACCUAUUUACAGAUGCCAAGCGUUUGUUCCAAUGCUUUCUUUAUGUUCGAGACCCGAACAACCCAUCCGAGGCGGAUAGCAACCAUUAUGCUAUGCCACUCAGUAUAUCGCCUGUUGUCGACCCAGCAACUAUGAAGGUUACUAGGAUCGAUUUCCUACCAACCGGGGUUGAUGCAUCGAUCAAGGAACCAUCGCCUUAUAAAGUUCAGCAACCCAAUGAAUAUAUUCCAGAGGCCCAGGAUCUCCGGAAGGACUUGAAACCCUUAAACGUGACCCAGCCAGAGGGCACAUCUUUUCAAGUUUCCAAUUUUAGUGAGCAAGGCCACGAGAUCGCGUGGCAGAAAUGGACAUUCAAAGUUGGAUUUAAUCAACGGGAAGGGAUGGUGCUCUAUGAUGUGCAUUAUGCCGGCCGUCCUCUCUUUUACAGGCUCUCCUUAUCAGAUAUGAAUAUCCCCUAUGCCGAUCCUCGUCACCCAUUCCAUAAGAAGGCAGCAUUCGACCUUGGCGAUGCCGGUGCGGGCAUCAUGGCCAAUAACUUGGAGCUCGGAUGCGAUUGUCUUGGAUCUAUCCAUUACCUCUCAGCGAUCCUGAAUGACGAUAAAGGCGAGCCUCUCAACAUGCCUAAUGUCGUCUGCAUCCAUGAGCAAGACAACGGCAUUGGGUGGAAGCACACAAAUUACCGAACUGGCCGUGCUGCGAUUGUGAGAAACAGAGAAUUGGUCUUGCAAUCCAUCAUCACUGUCGCGAACUAUGAAUAUAUCCUCGCAUUCAUAUUCAGCCAGGCUGGCGAAGUCAUGUAUGAAGUUCGCGCCACUGGCAUCCUAUCUACUCAACCUAUUGAUGAGGGCAUUUCAGUUCCCUGGGGAACUGUCGUCCAUCCUGGGGUUCUCGCUGUCCACCAUCAACACAUAUUCUCCCUUCGCGUGGAUCCCAUGCUUGAUGGGUCAUUGAACCGCGUGGUUUACGAAGAAGCACACCCAAUGCCACGAGACGAUUUCAACCCCCACGGAGUUGGAUAUACUGUCUCCGAGACUCCCGUCACUACUUCCGGCGGAUACGACCUUGAUUACGAUGUGAAUCGAACGUUCAAGAUCCAGAAUUCGGCGGUCACCAACCCGGUUAAUGGCAAACCUGUUGCUUAUAAGAUCAUGGCGCCACCAUUUCAAAAGAUGCUGGCAGACAAAGACAGCUUCCACUUCAAGCGCGCCGAAUUCGCCGACCAUAAUAUAUAUGUGACAUCGUAUCAAGACGGUGAGCUAUAUGCAGGGGGAAAAUACACCAACCAAUCUCGUGGCGGCACGGGAGUCCGUAGCUGGGCUGAUCGAAAGGAUAACGUGAAGGAUGAAGAUAUUGUCGUUUGGGUUCAAUUUGGCAUCAACCACGUUCCGCGAAUCGAGGAUUUCCCCGUAAUGCCUUGCGAGAUCAUCAAGGUGUCACUUAAACCUGUCAAUUUCUUUGAGAAGAACCCGGCCUUGGAUGUUCCACCUAGUGUGCAGACUUUCAAUAAGAGCGUAUUGGCCAGUGUAAGUCACCAGCAGGAGGUCGGCGAAGCGGUUAUUGGAAAGAGUGGCGAGGUUUGCUGUGUCAAGGAGAGUCGUAAAUUGUAA